GACAGACACGUGUUGUUGUAGUUGCCGAUACGGAGCCGGGCCGGAAUACAAACCGGGGCACGGGGGAGCUUUAAGUUAUCUAACCGGGUGGUUCGGACGAAAACAACAACAACGACUAAGCAAGACCCGUGUGUGGGACUGCAGCAACACUGAUAACCUAUACUGUCUCACACUCACAUUUCCCGCUAAAGCUACCAGAGUUUACCUGCUACUCCAGCGACAUGGCCGAUUACCUUAUCAGCGGACAGACCGGCUAUGUUCCUGAAGAUGGACUGACCGGUCAGCAGCUGUUCGGCUGUGGAGACGGCCUCACUUACAAUGACUUCCUGAUUCUCCCAGGCUAUAUUGACUUCACAUCAGACCAAGUGGACCUGACCUCAGCCCUGACCAAACAGAUCACCUUGAAGACUCCGCUUGUCUCCUCACCCAUGGACACAGUCACAGAGUCAGGAAUGGCAAUCGCCAUGGCUCUGACUGGUGGGAUCGGCUUCAUUCACCAUAACUGCACACCAGAAUUCCAGGCAAACGAAGUGAGGAAGGUCAAGAGGUACGAACAGGGGUUUAUUACAGAUCCUGUAGUAAUGAGCCCCAACGAGCACGUACGAGACGUGUUCCAGGCCAAAGCGCGUCACGGCUUCUGCGGCAUUCCCAUCACAGACAACGGUCAGAUGGGAGGCCGUCUCGUGGGCAUCAUCUCAUCUCGAGACAUCGACUUCUUGAAAGAAGAGGAGCACGACCUGCUACUCAGUGAGGUGAUGACUAAAAGGGAGGAUCUUGUUGUAGCUCCUGCUGGUGUGACGCUAAAGGAGGCUAAUGAAAUCCUUCAGAGAAGUAAAAAAGGUAAGCUGCCCAUUGUGAAUGAAGAGGGCUGCCUGGUGUCCAUAAUUGCUCGCACAGAUCUAAAAAAGAACCGAGAUUUUCCUCUGGCCUCCAAAGACUCUCGCAAACAGCUGCUGUGUGGCGCUGCAAUAGGAACGCACAACGACGACAAAUACAGACUGGACCUGCUCGUGCAGGCUGGAGUGGACGUGGUUGUACUGGACUCCUCCCAGGGAAACUCAAUCUUCCAGAUCAACAUGAUCAAGUACAUAAAAGAGAAACACCCCAACCUACAGGUCAUAGGAGGCAACGUGGUGACAGCAGCACAGGCGAAGAAUCUGAUCGAUGCUGGUGUUGAUGCUCUGAGAGUAGGCAUGGGCAGUGGCUCCAUCUGUAUCACUCAAGAAGCUCCUCUUAGUAUUCCUCCUGAUAUAAAGCUCCACAGCCCCAAAGCCCCAUCCACUGUAAAGGGAUACUGCAUGCUGGCAUGUGGUCGGCCGCAGGCUACAGCUGUGUACAAGGUGUCCGAGUACGCACGACGUUUUGGAGUGCCGGUCAUCGCAGACGGAGGCAUUCAGACUGUGGGCCACGUUGCUAAAGCCCUGGCACUGGGGGCAUCCACAGUGAUGAUGGGCUCAUUGCUGGCAGCCACCAGUGAGGCUCCGGGUGAAUAUUUCUUCUCAGACGGCAUCAGACUGAAGAAAUACAGAGGAAUGGGCUCACUUGAUGCCAUGGACAAGAAUUUGGGUUCUCAGACCAGAUACUUUAGUGAGUGUGAUAAGAUCAAGGUAGCUCAGGGUGUAUCCGGAGCAGUACAGGACAAAGGAACCAUCCAUAAGUUUGUUCCUUACCUUCAUGCUGGAAUCCAGCACUCCUGCCAGGAUAUAGGAGCCAAAAGCCUCACACAACUCAGGGCGAUGAUGUACUCUGGGGAUUUGAAAUUUGAGAAAAGGACCAUAUCUGCUCAAGUGGAGGGAGGAGUGCAUGGUCUACACAGCUAUGAGAAGCGGCUCUUCUAAAGACGACUACUAAUGCCUACAAGCUGUACACAGUAGAACUAACACUGUCUCAAUCAUAUACACAAUCAGACUAAUGCCCGUAUGCAAACCCACCACCGAAUCGAACACAAACACGGACGCACAAGCUUGUUUACGCAGAAGCAGACACGUCGAUGCAGCAUGCCCGAUUCGAAACCUCUGCUUCCCCUUUCUCGUCUUCCAGGCCUCCUAGCAUAAGGAAAGCAACUGUGCAUGUGUCUGUAUGUUAUAUUAUGAAAGAUGGUGAAUGUUUGUCCGAAACUUAAACUGCUGGAAAUGUAUUGUGAUUACUUACAUUUAAAAGUGUUCAUUUUUAAAUACAUUUUUCUCAACUAAA